AGAGGCUAGCCAGUUAGCCGACGCGGCUGGAUAGUCAGCCAGUGUGUAUGCGGACGUAGUUUCCCCAGUUUUUUUUUUGUUUGUUUAGGUAGCGCUACUUGUAAUUGAGGAAAUGCUGUCAUCCAGGUUUCGGUUCGUCAGGACGGCAUCCUCUCUGACGACCCGGGCUCUGUGUCUGGGGUCCGCCGCGUUGCAAGGGAAGGCUCCCGACAUGAUAGAAGGAAACUCAUACUUGCUUGUGACCAAUGUCAGGAACAGGCUGAGGGAGUUAGUGGGAGCAUCAACCAACUGGAGCGAUCACCAGCAGGCGAUGGCAGAGCGGGUGUCGCUGAGCUCUCAGCUGGCCCGCAGUCAGGACGAGCUGCCCGUGCGCCGGAUGAAGGACAGCUACAUAGAGGCGCACCUGCCGCUGGGCAGCCAACCCCACCUAAGGGAGAAAUACCUCACCUACCACAACAGCGUCAGGUUUGGCCGGAUCCUGGAGGACCUGGACAGUCUGGCAGUGCUCAUCUGUUACUCCCACACGAAGAGGGAGGGCCAGGCGAGGUCCCCGCUGUCUAUUGUCACCGCCCUGGUGGACAAAAUCGACAUGAGGAAGCACAUCAUCUAUCCGGACUGUGACAUCAAGUUCACUGGUCAUGUGACCUGGGUGGGCAAGACCUCCAUCGAAGCCAAAAUGCACAUGUCUCAGUUCCACGACGGGGCCUACAGCCCGGUGCUGGACGCCACGUUCGUCAUGGUGGCCCGGGAUCCCGAGAAUAAGAGGGCGGCGUUUGUCCACCCGCUGAAACCAGAGGGGCCCGAGGAAGAGAAACUCUUCCAGGAAGGAGAAGCCAAUAAGAAGCGGCGUGUGGAGCUGAGCACCGCCUCCCUGCUGAAGGUGGCACCCACUGCUGAGGAGAGGAAGAUCGUUCACAGCCUCUUCCUCAACACGCUGGACUCGCAGACGGUGAGUUUUCGGAGCAGGCUCUUGCCCCCCGGCUCGCUGUGGAUGGAGGACGCCAAGCUGAAGGGCCUGGAGAUCUGCCACCCCCAGGAAAGGAACAUCUUUAAUCGCAUCUUUGGCGGGUUCCUGAUGAGGAAGGCGUAUGAGCUCGGCUGGGCCAACGCCCUCGCCUAUGGCGGGUGUCGGCCGAACCUGGUGGCUGUUGAUGACAUCCUGUUUCAGAGGCCGGUGGAGAUCGGCUCCCUGCUGCUGCUAUCUUCGCAGGUGUGCUACACACAGGACAGGUACAUCCAGGUGAGAGUUCACACAGAGGUGCUCGACCCCUUGACCCGGCAGCACAACACCACCAACGUCUUCCACUUCACCUUCAGCUCCCCGCAGGACGUCCCUGCCAUCAUGCCCAAGACGUACGGAGAAUCCAUGCUUUACCUGGAUGGAAAGAGGCACUUUGAUUUGACCAUGAGCAGCCAGUGAUGAAGGUCAGAGGUCACAGAACGAACAAGAGAAGGUCUUCCUGCCAAAGCCUUAAGUCCGGCAUUCACUGGCUCACCUGAACGGAGUGAAAGAGAGUGUGUGAGUGUGUGUGUGUG